AUUGCAGGUGACAGAGGAGUCAGUAGCACAGCAGUAAAGGAGAGAGGCUUCUACAAUACACCUGUCCUCUGGUCACCUCUGCAGCUCAGAACAGACAAAAUGACACAGGAUUAUUUUGGGUUGUCCUUAGUUAGAAGUGUGCCUAACAAUGGCACCACGGCUCUCAACAACCCGGCGGAUAUCUCCGUCAUUGUGAUCUACUUUUUGGUUGUCCUGGCAGUCGGAGUAUGGGCUAUGGUGAGCACAAACCGAGCCACCGUAGGUGGAUUCUUCCUCGCAGGAAGAAGCAUGGUGUGGUGGCCAAUUGGGGCAUCCCUCUUUGCUAGCAACAUUGGCAGUGGGCAUUUUGUUGGCAUCGCAGGGACUGCGGCUGCAGGUGGACUUGCCAUUGGCGGAUUCGAAUGGAAUGCUCUUGUGGUGGUGAUCAUUCUUGGAUGGCUCUUUGUUCCCAUUUACAUCAAAGCUGGGGUGGUGACCAUGCCAGAGUACUUGAGGAAGCGGUUCGGAGGCCAGCGCAUCCGCAUCUAUCUCUCAGUGCUCUCACUCUUCCUCUAUGUCUUCACUAAGAUCUCAGCAGAUAUGUUUUCUGGAGCCAUCUUUAUUAACCAGGCUCUCGGGCUUAACAUCUACCUUGCUGUGGUUCUCCUGCUAAGUAUCACUGCUCUAUACACCGUCACAGGUGGACUGGCUGCAGUGAUCUACACAGACACAUUGCAGACCAUCAUCAUGGUCGUGGGAUCUUUCAUCCUCAUGGGUUAUGCCUUCAAUGAGGUGGGAGGUUAUGAGAACUUCCAGACGCGCUACAUGGAGGCCAUACCCACUCUGACUGGGGUCAACAUCAGUGAGAGCUGCUACACCCCUCGGCCUGACUCCUUCCACAUCUUCAGGGACGCGGUGACAGGGGACCUGCCCUGGCCAGGCCUGGUGUUUGGCCUCACUGUCCAGGCCACCUGGUACUGGUGCACUGAUCAGGUGAUUGUCCAGCGCUGUCUAUCUGCCAAGAAUCUUUCCCAUGUCAAGGCUGGCUGUAUCCUGUGUGGCUACCUGAAGCUGCUGCCCAUGUUCCUCAUGGUCUUCCCUGGCAUGAUCAGCCGAAUCCUCUACCCAGACGAGGUGGCGUGCGUGGAACCAGAGGAGUGUCUGAGGUACUGUGGGGCCAGUGUUGGCUGCACCAACAUUGCUUAUCCCAAACUGGUGGUGGACCUCAUGCCAAAUGGUCUGCGAGGCCUGAUGCUGUCGGUGAUGAUGGCGUCUCUGAUGAGCUCCCUGACCUCCAUCUUCAACAGUGCCAGCACCCUGUUCACGAUGGACAUUUACACCAAGAUACGCAGCUCCGCCUCCGAGAAGGAACUCAUGAUCGCUGGGAGGGUGUUUAUCCUGGUUCUGAUCGGGGUGAGUAUAGCGUGGAUCCCUGUGGUCCAGUCUGCUCAGAGCGGCCAGCUCUUUGACUACAUCCAGUCCAUCACCAGCUACCUGACCCCACCCAUCGCCGCCACCUUCAUGCUCGCCAUCUUCUGUAAGCGCAUCAAUGAGCCGGGUGUGUUCUAUGGCCUUACGAUAGGCCUGGCUAUUGGCUUAACCAGGAUGAUCAGUGAGUUUGCCUAUGGGACAGGAAGCUGUGUGACCCCCACUAACUGUCCAGUGAUCAUCUGUGGGGUCCACUACCUCUACUUCUCCAUUAUUCUGUUCUGUAUCUCCUGCCUGCUGAUAGUCAGCAUCUCCCUCAUGACCAAACCCAUCGACGACAAACAUUUGCACCGCUUGUGCUGGCAGCUGAGGAACAGCACAGAGGAGAGGGUGGAUCUGGAGCUAGACAAUUGGAAAGAAAAUCAAGAACCUACCUUUGUGGAUAUUGAAGAUACGAGAGAGCCCACAGAGGAGCCAGGCUGUUGUAAGAAGGCAGUGUUGAGCUUCUGUGGCUUGGAGAAAUCGAAUGCUCCCAAGCUGAGUGCUGAGGAGCAGGCUGAGCUGCAGAGGAAACUCACAGACACCUCAGAGAAACCCCUGUGGAGGAACGUGGUCAAUGCCAACGCCAUCAUCCUCCUGUGCGUCUGUGUCUUCUUGCACGGCUUCUACGGUUAAACAUCUCCUCAUACUGGACCUCCACUGCCCUGGACUGUCUAACCAUAAACUUGAGUAGCCUCCUCUUUCAACCCUGAAAUCGCCCCAGACUCACAGGCCCACAACGCACUGUGAAUUGCCACCUCUCUUACACUCCCUCCCUCUAUCCAUCAUCUGUACAGGUCGCUCUUAACCUCUUAACCUUGUAAUCUCCACACCCCCGCCACGUGGCUAAUGCUACGAACGCCUUACCUAGCUCCAUACCUGAACGACUGGCCUAGCUCCAUACCUGAACGACUGGCCUAGCGCCAUACCUGAACGACUGGCCUAGC